AUGUUAGAGAGUUGGCAGUCACUUGAAUCGAUCCGCAAGAACGGGGUCACCCUUGCGCAAUUCAACCGUAUGGCUCGUCGUAACGGGCUCACCUUCACCAGCCAGUCACCGCCAAUUGGAGCUCCAGAGGAUGACCCAGAAGGAUACCAAACCGGCCUGCAAGAGUUCCAGAAAGCCAACUGUCUGACCUGCAAUCCGAACCUGCAAUCCUAA